AUCUCGUCUUCUACCUCUGAUCUCCCAUCUCCUGCUUGCUCCUCUCACCUAGUCUAUCUCUCAAAUUCGUGCGUCCUUCUAGUCUAGGUCGUCACAAAUUGGUAUCCAGAGCCAGUAAUCCUGCGGAAUUUUUUCUUCCGGCUCGUGGCGCUCGUAUUCUCUCGGCGUUGAUCUGUAAAUCCGGGCGAAAGGUGGGAAUCACUUCGGUGGAUCCCGCAAAAUCCUUAGUUCGGUCGAUCCGCUUGGAGUGAGACGCGACGGCGCCGGCAAAGGUCAACGCGGCGCAGGCGCAGCAGGUCCUCAUGGCCCUAGAGACAAGCGGCGCGGAGAUGAAGGUGAUGUUGGAGCAGAUCAUGAGGCGCUUGGACGAUGGCGUGGAGGUCAGCAACAAACGCCACGACGAGCAAAUCGCGUUCAACGCGCAGGUGGCUCGGGAUCUUCAGGCCUGCCGCAAGCAGAUCGAUCUCACCCAGGCCGACGUGGACGAGGUGCGUCAAGCCGCGGCCACCAUGACCUCGCCAACGGCGGCGCGUUCGCAGGUGGGGGACCAGCAUGCUGCAGCAGCGGCGUUUGUGGCUUCGGGGAUGGGCGUCCCUGGGUACCCACGUCUCGCCAACGAUGGAGCUCCCCUCAUCCCUGCUGCACCUGACGUCCAGCUCCACCACCCACAACCUGCUCGACAAAUUCGCGUACCCGCUCAGUUCGAGGACCGCGACACCUUCGUCAAGCCGCCGAAGCAUGAUUUUCCCCGUUUUGAUGGUGAGCUUCCGAACUUGUGGCUCGAUCGCUGUUCCUCCUAUUUCGAACUCUACAGGACACCCGUGCAAAAUUGGGUGACCACGGCAUCCUUGUACUUGGAUGGCCGUGCAGCGUUGUGGUGGCAGGCAGUUCGUCAGUUGCACAGGCCCAACACUUGGGAUGCGUUUGGUAAAGCAUUGCAGGAAGAAUUUGGCCCAGAUGAGUUUGAAGUCCAGAUGCAUCAGCUAUUACAGUUACGUCAAUUGGGCACAGUGGUAGAGUACCGAUUGCAGUUUGAGAAGCUAAUGUACCAUUUGCUUGCACUAGAUCCUUCUCUGAGCACAAAAUUUUUUGUCACCCAAUUUCUUCUGGGACUGAAGCCGGAGCUCCGUGCCUUUGUUCGAGCUCAGUCUCCGACCAGCAUCACUCGCGCCACGAUGUUGGCGCGCAUACAGGAGGAGGAGUUAGAAGCGGUGCGUCCUCGACAUCGUCCUGUACCAGCCGGGAGACCACCACCGGCGCCCGUGCUUCCACGUGCGCCAAAUGUUCCUCGUGCUUCGGAUGAUUUUGCCAGAGAGAGACAACUGCGGGAAUAUCGCCGUGCAAAUAAUCUCUGUUUCAAGUGUGGUGACAAGUAUUCCAGAGAACACCAGUGCAAACCGGUGGCCCAAUUGUUGACAAUACAGUUAGGCGAUUAUGGCGAGAUACUGUCAGAUGAUGCAGUUAGAGCACUGGAGUUACUUGAUGAACCAGUUUCUCAAGCAGAUUGCUAUAUGAUAUCAACACAUGCCUUGACAGGCACUGAAGCUCCUGCGGCUCUUCGGUUGCCGGUUACUGUUGGUAAUCAAGUGAUGAUCUUAUUAGUAGACUCGGGCAGCUCUCAUAGUUUCAUUAACAGAAAUUUUGUGGACAACAUUGGUCUUCAACAAGUCUCUAUUCCUGCCAUUCCGGUGAAACUUGCUAAUGGUCACUUAAUCCAGUGUAAUCACAUGGUUCAACAACUGGAAUGGAAGUGUCAGGGCAACACCUUCCAGACUGACCUCAGAGUGCUGGACUUGGGAGCUUAUGAUGGUGUGUUAGGCAAGGACUGGCUUGACUCUUUUAGUCCGAUGACAUGUGAUUGGAAAGGGAAUGAAAUUGCAUUUGACUACAAUGGCCAGAGAAUUUCCUUGCAGGGUAUUUUACCUGACAGUUUACCACCAAUUGAGCGGUUGACAGAGGACGAGUUACUGCAGUUGCAAGCGACAAAUGCCAUUUGGGCUAUGGCAGUGAUCACGGCGGAUCCAAAUUUAGGCACAUCUGUAGCAAUACCUACUUCUAUUUCUACUGUCAUUUCAACAUUCAGUGAUGUGUUCAAGGAACCUCACAGCCUUCCACCUCAUCGGUUAUAUGAUCAUGUGAUUGAUUUGGAAGAGGGUGUGCUUCCACCAAACAGUAAACCAUAUAGAUAUUCUCCUCUACAAAAGGAUGAAAUCGAACGGCAAGUUAAGGAGAUGUUGAAAGAUGGAACAAUUGUGCACAGCAUGAGCCCAUUUGCUGCUCCGGUUCUUUUGGUUAAAAAGAAGGAUGGCACAUGGCGUUUCUGUAUCGAUUAUCGACGUCUCAACCUUGCAACCAUUAAAAAUAAAUUUCCAUUGCCAAUUGUGGAUGAGUUAUUGGAUGAGUUGGCUGGUGCUGCAGUGUUUUCCAAGCUGGAUCUGCGAGCUGGUUACCAUCAGAUAAGGAUGAGGGAACAGGAUGAAGCUAAAACAGCUUUUAAAACACAUCACGGCCACUUUCAGUUCAGGGUGAUGCCUUUCGGACUGACGAAUGCUCCGGCAACCUUUCAAUGCUUGAUGAAUGAUAUUUUUGCACAAUACACUCGAAAGUUUGUGAUUGUCUUUUUGGAUGACAUCCUGGUUUACAGUAAGGAUCUGCAAGAACAUGCAACACAUCUGGAGAUAGUUUUACAGUUGCUUCGUAAACACCAGCUGUAUGCAAAAGCAUCCAAGUGUUCAUUUGCUCAAGACAAGAUUGAGUAUCUGGGACAUGUGAUAUCCAAAGAUGGGGUAGCAACAGACAAGGAGAAAACACAAGCAAUGAAAGACUGGCCGAAACCCUUGUCAGCAACGGAAUUAAGAGGGUUCUUGGGACUCACUGGAUACUAUAGGAAAUUUGUUCCUCGCUAUGGCAUUAUUGCCAAGCCAUUAACACAGCUUCUGACCAAGAAGGGGUUUCAAUGGAAUGAUCAAGCACAAGCAGCCUUUGAGCAGUUGAAGUUAGCCAUGGUCAACACGCCGGUUCUGGCACUUCCAAAUUUUGAUCGUCCAUUUUAUAUUGAGACAGACGCCUGUGCCACGGGAGUUGGUGCUGUUCUGGGUCAAGAUGCACAUCCCAUUGCUUAUUUCAGCAAAGCUUUGGGCAUCAAAAAUCAGCAAUUAUCGACAUAUGAAAAGGAAUUCUUAGCGGUGAUGAUGGCAGUUGAUAAAUGGCGCGCUUAUCUGCAGAGGGGUCCUUUUAUUAUCUAUACUGAUCACAAGAGCUUAUGCAACCUUGGGGAUCAGCAGCUAGACACUGAUUUACAGCGCAAAGCCAUGGCUAAACUAGUGGGGUUACAGUUUCGAUUUCAGUACAAAAAGGGCACAGGUAAUAAUGCUGCAGAUGCCUUGUCCCGUGUGGGUCAUCUGCUCACUGCUAAUGCCCUGUCAGUAUGCCAACCAAACUGGGUACAGGAGGUGAUAAACUCUUAUACCACUGAUUCGGAAGCACAAUCUUUGCUUGCCAAGCUCGCCAUUUAUAGUCCCAAUGAGGAAGGGUUCUCCCUGCAUCAGGGUGUUAUUCGUUUCAAGAACAGAAUGUGGAUUGGAAACAAUGCGGCUCUACGUACUAAACUGAUUAGUGCUCUACAUCAGAGUGCUAUUGGAGGUCAUUCAGGAGCCACUGCUACUUACCAGCGACUAAAGAAAUCUUUUGCCUGGACUGGGAUGAAGACGGCCGUCACAGACUUUGUUCAACAGUGUUCUGUGUGUUAGC